GUAAAUUAGGAAUUUGGUACCUUAGGUCUCCCGCAGGUCCAAACUCAAAUUGUGGCACUUCCGGCGGCAGAUUUUUAUACGCCACAAAAGCCGUGGCAUUUGCCACAGAAUCAGUCGGAUGACGCAAAAGAUGCAACUUAUUUGUUCUAAAUUAACUUAUUCAAUCUGCCACAGAAAAGAGAAACUGCCUUUACUAAACUGUAGCAGCUGACGGCACCGGAAGUUCCCCGAUUUGAGCUCGCUCCCUCUACGUCACUGGACUGGAUUCUUAAAAUUAAAUAUCGGGAAGCUUAAUGUACGGACGCAGGUUUUUCCUGGACAAAAGUUUAAUGUAGGAUAGCCAGGGCCGGAUGUAGGAGACCGUGGACCGCUGGGUUGCAGCCAGAUUUGGUACCCAUCCCACAGAAGCUCCGUUUUUGUAAUCCCGGAGACGGUAGAAGUCCAAAGAUGGACUGGUUCCACUGCAACCAGUGCUUCAAGAAAAGCGGGUCGAAGUUCGCUGUGUCGAGCUGUGGCCACAUCUCCUGCGAAGCUUGCGUUAAAUCAAAGCAGUGCAGUACAUGUGGGGUGGCCUGCAGUUAUCUGCCCAUCACCGAUCAGAUGAAGCCACAGGAAAAGGUGUUUUUCAUGGACCCUGGAAAGCUCAUCCAGGCGAGGAUGGAAAACAUAGCGCAGAUUGCCAUUUUCCAGCAGAAGCAGAAGGAGAGAGUCACGGUUCACUUUAAGAACAAAUCCAGUGAACUGGAGAGGCGUCUGGAAGAGGUUUCUGAGCAGGGUUACAGACAACUGUCAGAGCUGAGAAGAGAGAACGGUGAGCUGAAGAAGCAGCUGUCAGAGCUGAGAAGAGAGAACGGAGAGAUGAAGAAGCAGCUGUUGGAGCUGCAAAGAGAAACUGCCGAACUGAAAAAGCCACUCUCUCAAAGGAGGGUUUCUCCCGGACAAUUCCAAACUACUGGCGCUCAGAGGGUUUCGCUCCCAGUUGGCGUUACCUCACCAGUUACUCCUCGAUCAAGAGCAGCGAGUCAUGUCGGCUCCGGAGAGUCUCAGAGGUGGACCAGGGAUAGAGGCAUUUCUCUCACUACUCCUGGAUCCAUUGCUUCCAUCUCCAGCCACAGCUCUCUUCACGAAUUCAGAACGUCACCAUCUUUUGGCACUCCUACAAGAACCCAGACUCCUGGUUUCCAGUUCCCAUUUAUGAAUGGAAUCUCACUUCACUCACCCAGACAGUGAAUAACUCACUGCUCUUGCUGGGAAUGCCUUUGAUGUGCAUGACACCCACUAGUUGAUUUAUUUACGUGAGCCUGAACAACAUUAGCAUUUUACAACCUUAAGUCUUUGUAAAGGAAGGGGUAUUCCCCAAUGUUGAAACACCUUGCCGUAUUGUUCACCUGGAUUAAAACCUCUAUGUAAACUUUGGCUUGAUUUUUAAGUCUACUUUCCUUGAAAUGCGCGUUAUAACUAAUUAUUAGUAAAAGUCGUUUUUAUAGGACAAUUUCAGAACAAAAUUUACACAGCAGGAAGUCGUCACAGGUGUCUGUAUUCAUAACACACACAAACAAAUCUUUGUACACUUGAUUAUAAUGGCAAAAACACUUAGCUAUUUUCCAGUGACACAAUUGUGCAAAUGAGAUUUUCUCUUUUUAAAACAGGAAAAAAAAUACAAUAACAUAAACUUGAAGACUU